AUGGAACACCUAGUAAGAGUCCUGGCUCUACCUGCUGCAGAUGAAGCUAAGCUCCUUGCGGAACUAAAAGACUGGGAGACUAAAGGUAGAGUUCUUUGUCCAUGCAGUUAAAAUAUGAAAAUCAAAUAAUAUAUUGUAUUGGUACAAUAUUUAGUACAGUCGAUCCUCCCAUAAGCGACCACCCAAAAUGCAAAGACUGAGUGGUUGUUUAUGGGAGGUGGUCGUUUACAAGAAUCCACCCUCAGGGGGUCUCUUCUGAGAAGAGGUCCAGGCACAUCUACUUUGUGGAAGAUAAUAAUUAUUGCAUGCAAUAUCUUAGUAAGGAUAUGUGUAGUUCCAUGUUGCCACUGAAGUUCUUCAGAUAUUCUAAGUAACCUUGUGCACACAGCAAAAAUAGCCGAGAUAAAAAAAUGUGUCAAGUGGUUGCUUACUAGAGGUUAAAAACGAUGGAAAAUCAUUAAUCGUCGCGCCCAAAAAGUGGUUGCGGUCGCUUACAGGAGGUGGUCGUUUACUAGAGGUUCCAACUGUAAGGCUUUGACGGGGAAAAGUUUGGUGUUUUGGAUUGGCGGUCCCUUAUGGGAGGGGGCCGACAAGAGGUGGUCUCACAUGGAGGUUCGACUGUAUUUUUUUGCCUUUUGUAGCUGAAAGGUCCUGUUUAUCAGCGGUUACUUUAUAUCACUUACUUUUUCUAUGUAUGUUAAAUAAUAUGCUUACAAAAACUAUCCCUAAAUCGCAAUUAACCUCAAUGCACCCCUCCCACAGAAAAGAGAAAACUAAUCCCAACAGCAGUUUGCUUCAUGCCUCACCUUGCCACCUAGAAUUCAACAUGUUUGCCCAGAUAAGUUGAAGAAGAAGUGAUCAUGAGGUCUGAGUGUUCUUUAAGGAAGAGAUCACCUCUCUUCGAAGAAACUAUCCUGGAUAUUAAUUUAUAAUGGUCUUUCCAGGAAGCUGUUCAUGACCUAUGUUAAUGUGUCAGGUAUUAGUGUGUAAUCGGGACUGCCUUGUUGCAGGGACUCUGUUGUGCAUGAACUCCCCUGUGGACCCAGCAUUGCUUCAACUUGUUCAGCAAGAAGUAAAAUUUCUGCAAGAUAACGUGAGCAACCUGUCUGUAGAAUUUGACCAGGAAAAGGUGAGAGUUCAGCAAGAGCUGCAAAACGUUGCCGUAAUUCUUGAAGAGAUGAAACAGAUGGUGGAAAGACUAAAGACCUUUCAAGGUAAUCCUACUUAAGUCUUAACCCCUCCCUGCCCAUUUUCAUAAUUCUUGUGUCAUUAUUGCAGCAUAAUAUAAUGGUUUCUAAACCUUAUAUUUACUCAUCAGAGUGUUUGAAAAUUGUGGACUUUCUACUUCUGUUUUGUAGAGGAUGCAGAUCAGAGGUUUGGAAAUUUAGAGACUCGCACCGGUCAAGUUGAAGAUCAAAUACACAUUCUUGAAGGUAAUUUCGCAAAAAGGCCCUGAUUGCUCUGUGGGCUAUGAAUAUUAGUUCUUCAAAUCUCUUUUUCAUUUAAAAUACAGAUGGUGAAAAUUCAUUUUAUUUAACAUUUUAAUAAGUGUGUACUUUCUUUCGUGACGUCGCACAUGUUAUUUUGUUUGUAUAUUUUAGAGGAUACAGCUCAGAGGCUUGGAAAUGUGGAGACUCGCACCGGUCAAGUUGAAGACCAAGUGCACAUUCUUGAAGGUAAUUUCGAGAUAAGGCAUGCAGUGAUUGCUCUGUGGGCUAUGAAUAUUAGUUCUUCAAAUCUCUUUUUCGUUUAAAAUACUGAUGGUGAAAAUUCAUUUUAUUUAACAUUUUGAUUAGUGUGUACUUUCAUUCGUGACGUCGCACAUUUUGUUUUGUUUGCAUGUUGUAGAGGAUACUGCUCAGAGGUUUGGAAAUCUGGAGACUCGUACUGGACAAAUUGAAGACCAAGUGCACAUUCUUGAAGGUAGUUUCAAUGUGUCAAUUAAAUCUUUUCCAGUCUCAUUUACAAAAAGAAGUCAGCAGAUCAGAGGUUUAAACAAGUUAAAGACCAUGCGCACAGUCUUUAAGUUAACUAGGAGAUCAAGCAAUAAGCCCAUUCCUUGUGAGUCUAGUUUUUUCUUACCGAAUACGGCCCACCCCGCUGUUGAUACCUGCUCUGUGCGAAAGCAAUAAAGGUUCUGGUUAGUGAUCUAACACGCAAGAUCACCGUUAGAAAAGGCACUAACCCAGGACGCGAUCGUCCGAAUUGCGACAACUAAUUGACUCCUCCUUCUUAAAUAGUAGGAUAUUAUUUUGCACGCUGAGUAAGUUCUGAAAAUUGAAAAUUCACUUCCAAGUCGACGUUUCUCCUUUCUCCUUUUUGUUCCUUUUGCAGAAAAGCUUCAUGACCUGAAGACAAGAGAAUCUGCUUUGUCAAACGCUUCUCUUCAAGACCCACUGAUGACAUCUGAAGGUAGGUUUUCAUUCGCUUUUAUAUGGAACGCCAACACUGUCACAUGUCUUCCGAUGAGUAUUAUAUGCAUUCGGGACACCAUUAUAUCUAGUACUCAUACCUUUAUGAGCGGUCCAUCAAUGAAUAUAUUGACAUAUUUUCCUUAUAUACGGAGUCCAUUAACAAAUAUAUUGCGUGCCUACUGUGAUAUACGCAGUGUAUUUUUCAUUAUAUCGCGUGCUUUUGUCGAUAUGUACAGUGCACGUUUUACUAUGUGUUGUCAAAACUUCGUUAUAUGUGGUUCAUUUUCUUAUCGUUUGGCAUUAAGUUCACUACGGUUGACUGCUUGUGGACCUUAACGCAGCAUUGACCUCCAGCAGCAAUGUUAUGAGCAGUACAAAAAGUUUGAUGAGCAAACUUUCUGAUGAUAUACCCACAAUUCAUCGCAGGAAUGUUAGUUUCCAAGCUCCCUCGUUUCCUUUGAUCCCGCGCCAUUUUUGAAUCUGUCUCAAAUACGCGAGUUUUUUUUCAUAAUGGCCGUUUCCAUGAUGUCAUCUGUGUUAAAGAAAGUGAAUCUGGGAUAUCUAGAAGAGAAAUUUCAGCAGGAAAAAAUAACACCCGAUCUUGUUUGUAAACUCUCAGUACAAGAGCUAGAAAGUCUAGGGUUAACCUCUCGAAGAGACAUGAUGGCUCUCAGAAUCGAGUGUGCAACGUUUGGAGGAGAAGCACCAAGGAAAGUCAAGGCAACUUGUGGAGCACCAUCAUUCUCCAUUCCUAAGUGUGUUCUUGAGAAUCUAUUAGGGGAAGGUUUCACUAUCAAAGAAAUUUCUACUAUUUUGUCUGUUUCUGAAAGUACUAUUUACCGCAGGAUGAGUCUCUUUGGACUAAGCAGGUCAGAUUUCACAGACAUUUCAGAUUUGGAACUAGAUCAGCAUAUUGAAAACAUUACUGAGGAUUUUCCAUACUGCGGAGAAAGUUUAAUCAAGCAAUUCCUGAUCGAGAAAGGGAUUAUAGUGCAAAGGAUGCGUAUUAGAGAUAGUUUGCACCGAGUGAACGGAGAUGGAGUAAAGGCUAGGAAAAAGGGCGCCUGCAUAGACGCGUCUACGAUGUACAGGGACCUAAUCACCUUUGGCAUAUAGACACGAAUCACAAGUUGGUGCGGUGGUACUUUGUAGUUUUUGGUGCGAUUGAUGGAUUUAGUCGUCUGCCAGUAGCACUAGAAUGCAGAAACAAUAACAAGGCUGAGACUGUGCUUGAAUGUUUUUUGAAAGGUGUGGAAAACUACGGCCUCCCAAGCAGAGUGAGGUCAGAUAAAGGAGGGGAAAACGUGUUAGUAGCUGAUUACAUGUUAACGAGAAGGGGUAUAAAUAGGGGCAGCAUGAUCACUGGCAAAAGCACACACAACCAGAGAAUCGAAAGACUGUGGAGGGAUGUUUAUGAGGGGGUUCUAAGCAUGUAUUAUCAAUUGUUUUACUUUCUUGAAGACGAAGGGAUGCUAGACCCAUUUAACACCCUUCAUAUUGCUGCACUCCACUAUGUAUACCUACCGAAGAUUAAUGAAAAACUAGAGUUGUGGAGAAAUGCAUGGUCCAGACAUCGCAUGAGAACCGUAAAAUCUUCUCCGAUUCGCCUUUGGGUUUCUGGCCAGCUACAAAAUCCGGUGGGCAUUGAGCUGUCAAGUGCUGAGCUCAAUCUUAUGGUGCUGAGGGAGUGUUGGACGAAAGAGAGUUGAGGAUAGACGCCCAAUAUUUGAGGUCCCAGGUGCUUUGAGUGAGCAAUGUUUUGAGAUUUUACGUAACCAAGUCCCUUCAAAUUGGACAUCUUCAAAUUAUGGGAUAGAUGUAUAUUUAACGGUGCUGGACAUUAUUGAGAAUUUAGAUGCAAAUGGCAGAUGAUUUGCGAGUACAAAGCACAUAAGAGGACCAAAAUGUAGCCUUAGCCAUUUCAUGCUAAAAAGCUGGGGAGGAGACUGUGCUAGGGUUAGCAGGUAAGGAAAAUCAUAAAAAUGACACAGGUUUGCAUUAUUAGCAAAAAGUGCUUGGCAAACGCCUGAAGUAACUAUCAUUACCCCUAUUCAAUUUUUAUGUGACCGUGCUUGUAAAAACAGAUUAUAUGACAACCAUUGCCUUAUCAGGUACUUCAUCAGAUUCAUUGAGUAGUGCCAAGUUAGUUUAGGGUGGGUGUGUGUAUGUGUGUGUGUGUUAUUGGAAUACCUGUCUAUCAUUGUAAAUCAUAAAAUGCACUUUAAGUUUCUCGGUUGAAGACAAUUGUAUAUAGAUAGUUCUCAGUUUUUAUCAGCGUUUCGCGUUACGGUUGAAAUUACUCUUCCUAUGUAAGCUAUGGACAUUGUUAAGAACGUUAUUUACCCCAACGUAUAUGAUACCGUCCCACGAUGUGGGUGACAAAAUAAAUCAAAAUUUGUUUACCGUAGUCAAGAAAGUUGACUUUAUUAAAACUUAAACGUUUAACCGUAAAUGCCAAACCUUAGUCGUGCAGGUAAAUAAUAAAACUCUAAUAGAAUAGUGUUGCAAGGAACUAUAUUUAUGUUAUGAAAUGGUAAUGUAAUUUCUAUUUCGAUCUACACAAGAACAAUAACAUCACAAACAAAUCAGUCAGUCCAUAUUAUCGAUCUUGUUUUAUUCCCCCUCAUUUCAACCAAUCUUUAAAUAAAUGCAAAUGCUUUCCACGGCUUCUCAAAACCUUUCUUACAAAGAACACAAUUAAGGAAAAUGGUAAAGAGCACAUCACACAAAAUGGUUGAGGGUUUGACAUGUAAGAAACCACUGGUUUUAGCUUCCAGUAAAGUUAUAAUGUCCUAUUUUUUUAUUGAAAUUUUAUUUUCCUUUGUUAAAAGCCAUUAUGCCUAACAGCAAAGGAAAUGAAAUUCACAACAAAGAUAAUAAUGUCCGAUGGACAACUGAGCAUAAAAAAGAUGUAUGGCUUUCAUUCACCCAACGUGCUACUUCAUGACGUAAAAUUGCCUCUGUAUGCCAUUAUAUCAUUAUUUUCAUUUACAUGUUACCAAAAUAUGAGUUUAGAAAUGCAUAAUCAAAAACUUUGAAAAGAGCAUACUCAGAUGGUAGGGGUUUACUUAUUGUGGGCCUCACAAGCUUAAGGGAAUUAAUGCAUGUGUUGGCUGUAGGAACAAAACCAUUUUCUGCAUCAACAAAAACAAUGGAGGGGUGAAUGGAAAACCCAAGAACCGGUUCUUCUUCUGCACCAGUUGCGAACUGGAGAAUGUGUGAAAGGGUAACAUUCCCUCUUUGUCCAGCUGUCAAGAGAAUAGAAAUGGGUCAAACUUUAGCAAUCCUAAACAACCACAACAUAAAUAGUAAAAGUAAUAAUAAUAAGAAAAAAAACCGUUUUGAACAGUUUGUUCAACAGUUCGAAUGGGUAAAGCCACAUGUGCAACAUAAUUUGCCUACUUUGCAUUCCAUUUUUUCUGGCUUAGCAUCAUUUUCUUUGCAGAGACCACUAUGGGAAUACAUGUAUCAUGAUAUUCAAUAAACAGAGUGGAAUGUUAAUUCCAACAAGGCAAUCUGUUCCUGAUUAAUGAUUUCAACCCAUUCCCAAAUGUACUUAUAACUUUUGUCUGUGAAGUUACAAGUUACCUGCAGCCCUACGCAAAUACUUCACAAAUUGUCUGUACACUGCAUCCUCAAACUGCCUUCUGUUAGACCCCUCCACACUAAACUCAGGUUGAAGAAGAUGAGUCACCUUUUUCAAAGUCAAGACACUAGUGGGGUUGGGGCGUAAAAGAUGAAGAAAGAUGGGAAACUCAUUCGCAAUCUGUAAGAGAAAAAGAUCGCAUGAAUGGUCCUGUUGUACCUCUGUUGAUAAUGCUUUCAUUCAAAGAGCAAUAACAUUAUGAUUAAAAUAUACCUGAACAAUUCCUAGCUUGGAGAAUCCAUUCCUAAGUUGCUCUGCACACUGGUUGGGAUUAGGACUGAAGAAUAUUUCUUGGAGAUUCUCUUCACCAAUAAAUCUUGGCAAAACUCCAUUUUGAAGAAUGCUGAGUCCUGUGCAUAAUAGGAAAUACAAUAAAAUCAUUGAUGAUCAAUUCUAGCAUCCAAGCAAAUAUAUUUUUUCUUAGAUACACUGUGCACAUGAUAGCACUCUUUUGAUACCCAAUAUUACUAUACAUUUAAGAAGUUUGGGAGAUGGGGGUGGCGCAAGGAACCACUUUGAACUCAGAAUUGUGAAACAGAGGGAAAAAAAACCUCAUACACAGCUUUAGAAACACUUCUUAGGCUUAAACAGAAGAGCCUAGCAUAAUGCAUGUCACAGCAAAAUAAGAAAGUUCUGUCUCUCAAAUUAAGAUUUCUAUAAAGGUCAUUCAUUUUUCAGACUUGAAUGAAACAACAACAUACCUAAUAUGACUCCAACUAAGUAAUAUGCCUCUGCUUGGUGGUUCAGAAGGCCAUCAUCAAAAUACUUUUCCUUUAUUGCUUUUACGCAUAGGGAAAAGAAUUCUUUCCGUGGCCCUCCAAAAUCUUCAGCAACCUGGGGAAGUAAGGAUACAUGUAUCUCAAAACGUUAAACAGAAAAAUUAUAUAGCUUUUACUAAAAUAUUAUUAUAACUAGUAGCAAAUCAUUCUUAUGACAUCUACAUAGAUCAACAAAAUCUUUAAUAUGAUCUACACCAGCUGAGAACAUACCUCCCCAUAAAACUGUACUUCCAGAGUAAGGAACAGAUUUUCCAGAUCGGAAAUUUCAUCAAAGGCUGUUUCCAGCAAAUGCAAUCUGUCCACCAGUAUGUAAUUGGUAAUGCCCACCUCACAUCUCGAUUCGUCCAGCACGUCCAGAGUCCUCCCUCGAACAAGCUGGCUUUGGACAUACCUCAGUAUCUCCACAGGAUUGUUUAAGAUGUCUGUCAAUUUAAGGAUAAAGUAUAAUUAUUUAAAAAUUAUUUGUAUCCCCUAUUUACAAAUUUAAUACAAAUAGUUUUCCUACAUAUAAAGUCGCCUAUGGAAAGGCAUAUUUUUCACAAUAUUGUAAUGAAUGGGAUGGUGACAAGGAGGUAAACAACCUUCCAGGAAGCUAUUAUGGUGAGAAUAACCUCUCAGCUAAAUACUAAUCUUAUUAUUAUUAUUAUUAUUAUAUUAUCAACAUCAUUAUUCCAAUUGUCAGUCUUAUUUUACUGCUAGAUCAUCGAGGAAGGGUGAGGGGGGGAGGGGAGGUUUGAAUGAGAGAGGCCAAUAAAACCGGAGGUCAAACCCAUAAGGUUUUUCUUUAAAUUAAUUCAUAUAAGCUAAUUUCAGUACUCAGUUACAACUCUAUUCUAAAGUAUUAUACAAUUUCCUACAAAAUAUUAAUUUGAUGUGGGAUUGAUACAAGGCCCCAGUAACUGUAAAACUCAGAAAAUGAUGGAAAGCCUAGAAAAUAUUUUAUGCAUGUUGGUUAUGUAUUGGCCAAGCAAACCACCACAAAGCUAUCUUAUGCACCUCUGCUGCUUCUGUUUAAUUUUGUUUUUUCAAUGCCUUAUUGGCAUUAUUUUUCUUUUGCAAUUAAAAGAGCAUUUCAGAAAUAUUUCUGGUGUUCAAAUUUUCUGAGUUUUGCAGUAAAUUGAUACUACAUGGUCAAAAUAAUAUAAAUGAAUCCAACCUGUAGAAUAGAUGUGCUCUUUUAUCUUUGGCAUUAUCAGUGCAAUGUCAACAUCAAACUUCUCCAUGGUGAUGUGGUCAUUAUUGGUUAGAGGUCCCAAGCUAGUGCCUUCUGUACCGUUAGGUGAAGACGACUACAGACGAGAUUAUGGAGACGAACUGCCGGUUUAAUACAUGUCAGCCAUUACAAGAUCAGGGAGCACAUGCGAAUACAUCCGGGAUCAAAUGUAUAACUUAACAUACUGCGCAAGUCCAAACUUGACUUGUCACACGUGAUAUGCGUGACAAUGAUACGCGUGACAAUAUCGUUACAUCUCCCUUCGUUUAAAUGAAACAAAAGAAACCAAACAAAACAAAACAAAACAAAACACCAAUAGCCAAAGGAAGCUUUAGCAAUGGUGCAGGAACUAACUAUGAAGUUCAACGCUCACUGUUGUGUAACAAACAAGCCCAAAGGAAACUUGGGAAUGGCACAGAAACUAGCUAUAAUGUUCACUGUUCAAAACUGGUCGAUAACCAACCAAUGCCCUUUCUUCAUCGUUCAAUAUUGAAUUCAAUUCAAUUCAAUGUUCAAUAUCACACUAGACACAGAAGUCUUUCAGAUAAGCAGGUUUCCUAACAAUUCUGCCACUUCUAGUCGUAACCGGAGCAGGAUCAGUAACUUCCCUUGGUUGGGCAUCCGUUGGCAGACCAUUGGUAGGAGGUUGUACAUCUGAAACAUGAGGCAUCCGUGGUGUGGGAGAUACAGAAGGCAACCGCAAUACAGGGGAUGCUGAAGGCAACUGACAUGCACCCUCAGGCUGUUCCGGCGUAGACAACUUAGUUAACACCAGCUCUUCAUCAUGGUUUGGUUGGUACCUCUCAGGAACCUUGUAGAGAUGGGAACGGUUGCGGCGAUAAAGUCGACCAUCUUCAGUGCGAACAUUGUAGGAGCGCACAUCUAUGUGCUGAUCAACUUGGGCCUUGAACCAUUUCGACCGGCGAUUAAGGGGUCGGACUCGCACCACAUCUCCCUCUUGUAGAGGCUGUAGUACCUUGGCUCCUCUGUUGUAAUACCUGGCUUGUUUCAAUUUUCUCUCUUGUAACUUGUCGCCCACAUCAGGGACCAACUGUGGCUGCAGCAACUGACUAGCUAUGGGUAGGGAAGUUCGGGUUCUGCGUGAGAAGAGACGUUGUGCAGGGGAGCUGUCCAUCCCCUCCGAUGGUGUGUUCCUAAAGUCCAGUAGCGACAACUGUGGGUCACGUCCCGCAUCAAAAGCCUUCUUUAGGAUUUGCUUUGCUGUUUUAACACUAUUCUCUGCCUUGCCGUUGGACUGGGGGUACCGCGGCGAGGUCCUAAUGUGUUCAAACUGGUACUGCUCUGCAAACUGCUGGAACUCUUUGCAGUCAAACUGUGGUCCAUUGUCUGUAGUAAUUUGGUCUGGAAGCCCGUAUCUAGCCAGAUGGGGCUUAAGCUUAUCAAUAACUUCUUUAGAAGUCUUAGACGUCAGCACAUCCACUUCGAAGAAGUUGGAAUAACGGUCAGUGGUAACCAGGUAGUCAAAGCCGUGGAGCUCAAACAGGUCAGCCGAGAUGCUUUGCCAAGGCCUUGACGGUAUUUCAUAGCAUACUAAGGGCUCCUUCUGCUGAUCUGGUUUGUAACUAUUACAGAUACUGCACUUUGAGAUAAACUCGGUGAUUUGCUUGCUCAUGUCAGGCCAGAAGAAAGCGUCUCGAGCUCUUCUAAGACAUCCCUGAAUGCCCAGGUGACUAGCAUGAACUUUGUCGAUAAUGCAAUCUCGCAAGGUAAGUGGAACCACAAUUCGUUCACCCUUGAAUACAACUCCAUUCUGUAAAGACAACUCUUCUCUAAAAGGGAAAUAGUUCUGCAACUUGGGGGCACAUUUGUCUUGUUAUCUGGCCAGCCUUGUUUGAUCAUAGUGGCUAAUGCACUCAGCAGCGUCCAGCUCAGUUUCAGAUUUGAUGUCACAUAGGGUCGUUUGUCGAAUGGGCACAAACUCAGCCAUGUUCACAUACUCAGUCGCGAUCUCUGUUGGUGAUCUUUCAUCAGCAACACUCCACACAUCUUCCUUGGUGUCUUCCUCUUGCUUGAGCAGUGGGAGAUACGCCCUACUAAGGGGAUCUGCGAUGUGCAUCUCGAUGCCCUUUCUGUAGGUGACCUCGAGGUCAAAUUUCUGAAGACGUAACAACAUUCUCUGCAGACGCUUAGGUGCACUCAGCAAACUCUUCUUCAUAAUAGAUUCCAGAGGUUUGUGGUCAGUAUCAACGAAGACCUUUCUACCAUAAACGUAACUCUCAAACCGUUCAACACCGAAGACAAUAGACAGCAACUCUUUCUCUAUCUGAGCAUAGUUAGUCUCAGCUGGAGUUAGGGCCCUGGAUGCGUACGCGAUGGGGUGUCCAUCCUGUAAUAGGCAUGCUCCAAGACCGCUCAUGGAGGCAUCACAUUGCAGUACUGUCUUCUUUUGUGGAUCAAAGAACUUGAGUACCGGCGCUUGCGUUAGAACCCGCUUUACAUCCUCCAGGCACUUUCCGUGGACAUCUUCCUCCCAAAGAAACUCAUUAUCUUUCUUCACAAGAUCUCGAAGGGGCUUAGCCACAUCUGCCAGGUUUGGUGCAAACUUCUGUACAUAGUUCACCAUUCCUAGGAUUCUCUGGACACCAUGCUUGUCAGUGGGGGGUGGCAUUUCGUUGAUGGACUUCAGUUUGUCCGGAUCCACUCCAAGACCCUCUGAUGAUAUCACAUGACCCAUGUAGGUCACUUGCUUUUGUCUGAACUGCAUCUUAUCAGCGUUUAGCUUGAUGCCCUUCUGCUGGCACCGGGUGAACACCUCCUUCAGGUGGCGAUCAUGAUCCCUGAAGGCUUCUUCAUCUGUGUCUCCCGAUCCAAACACCAGGAUGUCAUCAGCAAUGGCCUUCUGUCCGGGGAGACCUUCGAGAGCGAUAUCAAUUCUCCGCUGGAACUCCUCUGGAGCAGGAGAAAGCCCAAAUGGCAUUCGAAGCCAACGGUAUCUACCCCAUGGUGUUCCAAAGGUGGUCGCAUAGCUGCUUGGCUCAUCUAGUUGUAUGUGCCAAAACCCGUUUUUCGCAUCAAGCACUGUAAACACACGGGCCUUGGAUAGCAGCGGGAGUACGUCAUCUAUUGUGGGCAAGGGGUAGUGAUUCCUGUGUAGGGCCUCAUUCAGUGGUUUGGGAUCAAUACACAGUCUUACUUUGCCAUUUUUCUUUGUUGUGACCACUACGGCUGAGAUCCACUCAGUAGGUGUGUCGACCUUCAGGAUCAUUCCAAUGCUUGACAGUCUGUCCAACUCUUGUUUUAAAGGCUCUUUAAGGGCAAUUGGCACCCUCCGAGUGGGUAGCUGAACUGGAUGGACAUCCUUGUCAAUUUCCAGGUGUAGUUGGCCUGCAAGUUUGCCUUCCCCAGAGAACACAUCUUUGUACAGCGAAAUGUAGUCUUCUUUCUUGAGAUUGACAGGGUCUUCAUCGUUUGAAUCCACAGCAAGGAUGUUGUGUUCAUUGAUUGUUAGCAAUUGAAGGUGUUUGCUGGCCCUUAGACCCAGGAUAGACUUGCAUGGACUUACUCCACCAACAAUGUGAAAUUCAAUACUGUACUUCUUAUUGUUCUUUGGGUUUGUCACCCGGAAGCGUUUCUUGCCCAGCGGUUUAACCUCAGACUGGUUGUACAUUACCAGAGUCACAGAUGUUUUGUCCAAGUCUUUUAGACAGCCCGUACCACAGAGUCUCUCCACUGUUUUAUCUGACAUGAGAUUUACAGUUGAGCCGCUGUCAAGCUGGAACUUCUCCUCCCCACCGUUGACAAGAAGGGUGGCAAAAAUUUUGCUCGCGUGAUUGCGGGGGGCUAGUACAUUGACUUGCUCUUUCACAUCAAUCUCUGCGACAUAUUCGUCAUCAUCGGAGUCAAAAUCCAUAAAAAGCACCUUUUUCUUCGAUUCUCUGCAACAGACUGCAAAAUGGUUUGGGAGGCCGCACUUCUUGCAAGUGUUUCCCCAAGCUGGACAGUUCUUCUUGGCGAAGGGAUGCUGCCUAGCGCAAAAUUUGCAUGUCAUUCUGGACUCUCGUGAUUCAGUGCGGGGCCUGUUGUCCGAUACUCCAGCCUUCUUUUUGCCUGCCGGGUUGACUUUUUCCUCCUUUACGAGACGGACAUCCUCCUGAUUCAUAGUCUUCAGUUGCCGUGCGGAGGUCUCUGAAGAUCUACAAAUGUCAAUACAUUGACUCAAGGUGAGUUUGCCUGCUUGUAGUAGUUUCUUUCGAGCUGAAUUGUCAUUAAUGCCAACCACUAUUCUAUCACGGAUUAGAGAGUCGGCUAGUGUCCCAUAAUUGCAGGUCUUGGCUAAUUUACGUAGGGCAGUAACAUAGGCAUCCACAGACUCAUUAGACUCCUGAUCCCUUCGGUUGAAGACAUAUCUUUCGUAGGUUUCAUUGCAUUCCCCAAUGCAGUAUUUUUCCAUCUUCUCAAGUAUCACGUCUGGCUCUUUCCGCUGGUCUUCGGACUCAAACUCCAUUGAGUCAAUAACAUCUAGCGCAUCCGACCCGAUGCAGGUGAGCAGGGUGGCCGUCCUUCGUUGCUUGUUCCUAUCCGGAUUUUCCGGGUCUUUGAGUUGAGCAGCAAUUUCGUAGUUCGACCACGCUCGACUGAAUCGUUGCCAUUUAACAGGAAGAUUUCCGCCGCUUAAAUCUAACUUUUCUGGUAGCGGGAUAUUCACUGGAACUGUAAUCACCGUGUGAUGUGUAGUCGAUGAAUUCGGAACCGAACCAUCACCGCUUUCGCCAGUGUUGUCGCUCGGGGUUGUCGGCAUAUUGGAGCGAUUAUAUUGGAGAAAGUACUCACAAUCGUCUUCGACGGAGGCUACGAGCUGUAAUUGACGCCCAGUUUACUUCUGACACCAUGUACCGUUAGGUGAAGACGACUACAGACGAGAUUAUGGAGACGAACUGCCGGUUUAAUACAUGUCAGCCAUUACAAGAUCAGGGAGCACAUGCGAAUACAUCCGGGAUCAAAUGUAUAACUUAACAUACUGCGCAAGUCCAAACUUGACUUGUCACACGUGAUAUGCGUGACAAUGAUACGCGUGACAAUAUCGUUACACCUUCCAAGGGAUGAGCUGUGGACUCUGUCUGACUGCCAAUGAAGUGGGUUUCAGAUAUGGUAGAAAUGCCUUGAGAGGAAGAGGGACCAGCUUCAGCUUGGUUGCCAUUGCCAGAUGAAGAAGGGAAGGUCAACAUGGGGCUACUGUCACUGGACUCUGUCUGAUUGCCAAUGAAGUGGGUCUCAGAUAUGGUAGAAAUGCCUUGAGAGGAAGAGGGACCAGCUUCAGCUUGGUUGCCAUUGCCAGAUGAAGAAGGGAAGGUCAGCAAGGGGCUACUGUCACUGUCUGAUGCCACCAGUGGCACACUGGGAGAUGGAUAGGCACUGCCACCUUGACCAAUAGACUCCACCUCCUUUGUUGAAACUGUGGCACUUGACAGUGCAUUAGCCAUAUAAUCUUUCAAAUCAUUUCUUGACUCGUCAGAUAACACCAUGACCUCAUCUUCAAUGUUGUCAUCAAACACAUUACAGUUACAAGUCACUAAGUGCGAUCGAAGCUCGUUUAGAGGGAUCUCCUUAGAACACCACAUACACUUCUCUUUCAACUUGCAUGUCAGCCUGUUUUCUUGCCCUCCUUUCACACGCAGGCUCUUCUGAAUAGGCCGGAGAUAAAUCUUUGUUUGAGGCGUGAAAAGAGACUUCAACCCUUCUACAGACCAGGACGAUUUUAUGACUGCCAAAUCACGAGAAUUUGUUACACAACUCAUAAUUUCAAAGCCCUUGCCUUCUUUUAGCUGAGGGAAGCCGAUUGGAUGGCCAUCGUCGCCUGGCAUAUCACUAGUAAGCUUCUCCACCACUUCCUCCUCGUUUUCAUCAACAAAAAAUUUGAUCUUUUUUAGGCCAAGGCCUGCCUGCUGCAAGAUCUGUUUUUCCGAGGAAGACGGCACUCUGCUGGCUUGUCGAUCUGCUAAACACACAAAUUGACCUGUCCAUGUGCGUCGGGAUGGAUUUUUCCUCUUAGCAGACUUUGAGGUUCCAGAACCUUUUUCACGGCGGCUGCUGUACGGCUGAAAAAGCCUCCUUCUUUCCUCGAUCAACUGCUGAGCUUGAGAAGAGCCGACAGAGCUCGUGGAAGCCACAUUUGUUCGCCUUUCUCCAUCAGCGAACUGUUUGCAAUUUUCUUUGAGGCGGACGCGGUCCCCUAAAGUCUCUACACCCAGACGCAUCAGACUGCUGUCUGACAUCGCCAGAAUAACGUGUGGGUCGAUUUUUUCAUCUGCAAAGCGCUCGGAAAGCGUUGAAAGUCCAACUUUUUGAAGGAUGGACUCCAUUUUGUUCCAAAAAUGGCGGGAUCAAAGGAAACGAGGGAGCUUGGAAACUAACAUUCCUGCGAUGAAUUGUGGGUAUAUCAUCAGAAAGUUUGCUCAUCAAACUUUUUGUACUGCUCAUAACAUUGCUGCUGGAGGUCAAUGCUGCGUUAAGGUCCACAAGCAGUCAACCGUAGUGAACUUAAUGCCAAACGAUAAGAAAAUGAACCACAUAUAACGAAGUUUUGACAACACAUAGUAAAACGUGCACUGUACAUAUCGACAAAAGCACGCGAUAUAAUGAAAAAUACACUGCGUAUAUCACAGUAGGCACGCAAUAUAUUUGUUAAUGGACUCCGUAUAUAAGGAAAAUAUGUCAAUAUAUUCUUUGAUGGACCGCUCAUAAAGGUAUGAGUACUAGAUAUAAUGGUGUCCCGAAUGCAUAUAAUACUCAUCGGAAGACAUGUGACAGUGUUGGCGUUCCAUACUUUUAGGGCAAACGGCAAAUGUGAGUUUGUACCACGUGACCAAGUGUUCCAUUACUAAAUCGUUUACUGUUCAUUAUAAGUUUAACUACACGGAAAUCGGUAGAUUUACGCCAAAUCAAUAACAAUUGUUUUAAGCUGUUUUUAUCCGCUCAUUUCUCAUUUUGAAAAUUUCUCAACUUGAAUCUCACGUUUGCCGUUUUAUGCGUAUAUUUUCUCUCUAAUAAUUGUAACUGAUUUAGAGAGGAAUUUUAUUUGUUACAAGAAAUGAGAGAAUAGUUUAAUAGCCUUGCAUGCAGUUAUCAAAGAAAGUCAUCAGAUCACAUUUAAUCUCGUGAUACAAAUGGUGUGCGCAUACCAACAGGGGCAAACGAAAACGCCGACUUAAAUAAGGGGAAAUUAUAGCCUGCGUAGCAGACCCUUGGAAGUAGUGGGCGAAAGAGAGAACUGGCGCGCGCGAGGAAGACACGCGCCCACUAUUUCCAAGCGCCUGCUACGCAGGCUAGAGAAAUUAAAGCAUAGUGUUCUUUCUUUCUUGUUAAAAUAUGGUCAUUUUUGUCCAGUGCUCAAAUGUACUUUUUUUAAGCGCGGAUAAAAUUAUAUGCCUCAUUUUUAUUUUCCCUCAUUAGUUAUUCCAGAGAAACUUGUCGAACUUAUCAGACGAGACUACAAAGGCGCGGUGUUGUGUCCCUUUCCAUGGUGUGAAGAUGAACUACAGCUGAAGCUAUCGAACAUUUUUACAAGAUUGGAGAUUUUUAGUAGAAGAAAAGAACGUUCACAACUAACCGAUGACAGCGUCAAUAUGACAGAAAUAUUCAAGUCACAUCCAGAAUGUGACAAUCCAAGAGUGGUGCUGAUCGAGGGGAAUCCUGGGAUGGGUAAAACUACCUAUUGUCAAAAGCUGGCUCAUGAUUGGUCCGUGGGGAAAAUUCCACCUGACGCUUCGUUUCCUGAAGUAGAGAUAUUGCUUCUGUUAAAAUGCCGUGACAUGCACAUGAAAACCGCUAACAUCGAGGAAGCUAUUGAUGAUCAGCUUCUACCACAAGAUGCUGGCAAGAAGGAAAAAGAAGACUUCUUCCAUUUUAUUCGUUCAAAUCAGUCUAAAAUAUUACUGAUUCUGGAUGGUCUGGAUGAAUUACGUCAGGAGCUGCUUCCGUGCAUUCAGCCAUUGAUUCAAGGCAAAAUUUUUUCCAACACCUUCCUCGUUUUAACAGCUCGACAUGAAGAGGGAAUAAGACUACGACGAUACUGUGACACACUCCUGGAAAUCACCGGAUAUACUAAUGAUGAUGUGGACAGUUACGUCAAGAAGUAUUUCAGCAAGCACGAGGACCAAAGCCUUGGAGAAAAAAUGAUUCAGCAGCUGAAAAUUAACACAGAGCUGAGAGAGUUAACGGCUAAUCCACUAAAUACAGCUUUGUUGUGUCUUCUGUGUGAAGAGACAAACGGAAUUUUCCCCUCCAGUAGAACAAAGAUUUAUGAUGAUCUUGUCUCAUGUGCUCUGAGAAGGUAUUUUAGCAAGAGGAGCGUGCCUUUGAGUGACGACGAUCCCCUUGAGAGAUGUUCGGACGAGCUGAAUCAGUUGGGAGAAACAGCAUUUGAAGCCCUGUUGAAGAAUCAGUUGUAUUUCAGUCGAGAUGACCAAACAAGCGAGUCCACUGAUUUCCUACAAUUACCGUUUCUUUCCCGUGAGCCUAGUUUGAGUAGAAUUAGGCCAAAGCCAUGCUAUGCUUUUACUCACAAAACUUUCCAGGAAUAUUUUGCUGCAUUCUACCUGGCCAAGCAAAUCAUAACUGGAAACAAAGAAAAAGCCCAGUCUCUGCUAGCUAAGCUCAGUCCUGUUGACAACUGGCAGGUGUGGGAAUUUCUCAUUCCAAUAGUGUCAAGCAAGAGCAGUGAAAUGGCAGUUUUUGUAAUAUCACGCCUUUGUUCUUUUUUCUUUCAAGAAAGGCCACAUAUGACAAACGAUGGCGCCCUUGCUGAUGCCGACAGGUAUUUCGAGGUCUGCGAACGCAAACCUAGUGACUGGACUAUAAGUGUGGACAAAUGGAGUGAUAACGAGAAAGUUUUAGACGAUGUGGUUACUAAAACACUUCAUGUUAUUAAAGAGUGUGAAGACAAUGAGAGUGAACUAAAGGGUUACCAAAGAAAAAUGGUGCGUGUACUGGCGAAAUGCUUUCCAGUGAGAAAGUUGAGCCUUGGGCAACUUGACCGCUAUUAUAUCGUUUAUUCCGAAUACUUGAGAACCAACAGCACAUUGACAGAUUUAUGUUUAAAUAGUACUUUAAACGAGGUACUGUUAGCAACAGUUAAGGGGGUUCGUGAAAAAGACUUAAAGCAUUUGAAUUUGCUUAGCGUGAACACUGACUUUUUUUUUUUGAAGCUUUGUAGCCACCCUUACUUGAAAGAAGACUCUGAAUAUUCUUUUUCCUCUUCUGAAAAAAAACAGAUUCAUUGCAAGUUUUACACAACACCAGUCGUGGAUCAAGAAUUUUGGUGCCAGAGAACUUGGGAAGUGUCUUCAGUCGUUUCGUCAUUUGACACAUUUGAAAUUUAGAGGAGACUUUAUCUGUUCUGAGGGAGCCGCAGCACUCGCAGAAGUUAUUCGCGCGAGUCAUAGUUUGACACAUCUGAGUCUUCGUAACGCUGGCGUCCGUGAUUUAGAAGCCAUUGUCAUAGGUAACGCUCUACAGUCAAAUUGUACUUUAACCCAUCUAACUCUGGCGGGAAACCAGAUCCAUGAUCUAGGAGCAAUUGUUUUAGCAAAUAGUUUAAAUAGCAAUCGUUCUCUACAGUAUGUGGAUCUAAGUGAUAAUGAUGUUGGUGAUUCAGUAGCUCAGAAGCUUGCUCUUGUGUUGAAAUCUAACUCUUCUCUUACCUUCCUCGAUUUAAGUAAACCAUUAAGAAGUGAAGAAAACGUAAAACCCGUCCUUAUACUGGAUUCUGAUUCUGAAAUCCAUCAACACUUUGUGCGCUGUGAUUUGAUUGGGGCAUCUGGCGCUUCAUCACUUGCGCGAGCCUUGCGAUCGAAUCGAUCGUUGACUUAUUUAGACCUUUCAUUCAAUGAGGUCGGGAAGGCGGGAGCUGCAGCACUUGGAGAGGCUCUCCAAUCAAACUGCACUUUGAGUCAUUUGUUCCUAUGCAGCAAUGCAAUAGGUGAUUCCGGAACAGCACCCUUUGGAGAAGGUCUGAAAUCAAACUGCUCUCUAAGUCGACUAUAUCUGACUGAAAAUGGAAUUGGAGAUCCUGGAGCAGAAGCUCUCGGAAAGGCAAUGCAAUCAAAUCACAGCUUGACCCAUUUAAAUCUACAAGUUAACCUUAUUGGCGAUUUAGGGGCAGCAGCCUUGGCAAGUGCACUGGAAUCUACUGGUAUUCAAUUGACCCAUUUAGAUUUGGCUCUCAAUAAGAUAAGCUGUGUGGGUGCAGAAGCCCUCGCGAAAGCUCUUGAAUCUAACAGUUCUCUCAAGGCUUUAGAGUUCGGAAGCAAUGCGAUCGGCUCUUCGGGAGCAUCCUCGUUUGGAAAAGCACUUCGAUUAAAUCGUACUCUUACGCACUUGAUUGUCACCAGUAACAAUAUCACUGAAUCUGGAGCUGUAGAAUUGGUAGAUGCUCUACUGAUUAAUAACAGUUUGAUCUGUUUGAAUGCGGAAGAUAAUCCGAUUAGUUCGCUAGAGGCGGACAACCUUAAACGGGAUAUCCAGUCGCAUUGUGUUAUUUUUUUAUAG